UCACACGCACACAUACAGACACUGGCACUUGAACAUUGUUUUUGUUGUUGUUAAGGGUUGGUUUACAUUUCCAUUUUGAUGUGGACCCACAAAGAAAGCCCAACAACAUUCCAAAUCCUCCAAGCUUCUGUCCCGGAAUUGCUCGGCAUGCCAUCCUCUGUGAGAGUGUUUGAGUGUAUGUGUGUGUGUGACGUGCGUGAUGGCAUCGUGUACUGUGAUGUUGUGAUAAAUCUUAGAUCGUACAUCGAAACUUUAACAUCGCGGAUUCACAUUUAACCUGUCGUUCGGUCGGUCGGUCAUUCACUAUCCGGCCCUCUUCUGUGCAUCGUGUUGUGACAAAGCUGUGCAAAACCACUCACCAGCUACCAGCCAGCCAGCCAACAAGGAAUUUUCACAACAAAAGUGCUGCCGAACCAAACCGAGCAGGCAGACUAAUUAAAAAAUAAAUUCAAAAAUUAAAAAUUGAAGUGAAUUAUUUUCACAAAACCCCAACUACACACACACACACAAACAACAAAAGCAGACAACCAACCAACCAGCCAACCACCAAACAAUUAAUCACUUUCGUUCGGAAUUAAUCCUUUUGCCGUUAGCGGAAAGUGUAUGCAAAGGUUCCGGGAUCCUGUGUGAUUCGGUAUACAGAAUUGUUUGAAAAUUAAAGUAAAAUUCACAAAAUAAAAGGAAUUUAAAGAAAUUUGAAGCAAAAAUUGAAUUUUAAAAGAAAAGAAGUAAUGUUCGAAAUAAAUUGUGCAAAAGUGUGUGUAAGUGUUUGAGUCAAUACGUUGUAAAACAUUUAAUUGAAAAUUGUGAAAAAACCCCUCGGAUUUGACAACUAAUAUGAAUAAAGAGGACACCGUGACAAUAUCACGUCCUUUAGCUCAAGAUAUGCCACCAAAUCCCAGCAGAUUAUGUUGUACACCGCCUCAGAGUCGUUUGAUGCCACCAUGGAAUCACCACACCGCCGCUGUGGCAGCCGCUGCUGCAGCAGCAGCCUCAGCUGUGUCAAAUGCAAAUGAUACAACAGCAGUAGCAUCGAAUUUGGGUGGCAGAUCCACAACAACAACACCGGCCUCAUCGGCACCACCACCCUCAUCGUCGGGAUCGUCGUCAUCGAUGCCGCCCACCUCCACAGCGGCGGCCGUUGCCGCAGCAAAUGAAGCAACCUGCCUAACUGUGCCUCGCCAAAAAGUUCAAAAUCUCGGUCUCAUCUGCGUUGUGUGCGGCGACACCAGUUCGGGCAAACAUUACGGCAUUCUGGCCUGUAAUGGCUGUUCGGGAUUUUUCAAGCGUAGUGUGCGUCGCAAACUUAUUUACAGAUGUCAAGCGGGCACCGGCCGUUGCAUUGUCGACAAAGCCCAUCGGAAUCAGUGUCAGGCCUGCCGUCUCAAGAAGUGCCUUCAAAUGGGAAUGAACAAGGAUGCCGUGCAAAAUGAACGUCAACCACGAAACACCGCCACCAUUCGGCCAGAGACACUGCGGGAGAUGGAGCAUGGAAGGGCCUUGCGUGAGGCAGCCGUGGCCGUGGGCGUUUUUGGACCACCCGUUUUAUUGUCGCCACCUUGUUAUGGACCUGCUUUACUGCCGCCGCCAUCCCUCUCCGGUUUGCCCACAGGACGUCUCUUACAUCACAAUCAUUUGGCCGCCACUUCAAUGCAACUGUCCUCGGGCAUGAAUCAGAGCAGUGGCCCCGGUGGUUUUCCCAUGUUCAACAACAAUCACAUUUACCACACCAACAACAACAACAACAGCCACACAAACAAUACACCAACAAAAGAUAAACGCUAUCUUGAUCUGUCUUCGAGUGGCGGCACAAUUUCGUCCUCCUCCAACUCGUCGAGCAGCAAUUCCAUCGAUCCCUGCUCGCCACCACCCGAAAAUGGUAAGUGGUCGCAUAAUCUGCUUUAUGUAAGGCAGGAUCCCUACUUACAUUUGCAUUCGUUUGCUGCAGCUGUGGCCAACAACAACAACAAUAAUAACAGCAGCGACAACAACAACAAAAAGACAGAGAUCAGUGGAGGCAGUGUCUCGUCCAUAAGUUCCUCCAGUCCCAUUAUGGAUAAUGAUGAUGACUCCAUUGAUGUAACCAAUGAAGAUGAUGACCCCGAACCAGUGCUGAAUGGCGAAAAAUCUGUCAUGCAAUUCGACAUUGCCCAAAUAAUGUCCUCCAAUUUGUAUGUCCAGCAGCAUGAAACGGUCUAUGAGACCAGUGCCCGUCUCUUGUUUAUGGCCGUGAAAUGGGCCAAAAAUUUGCCCAGCUUUGCAGGGCUUUCGUUUAGGGAUCAGGUCAUAUUACUGGAAGAGUCCUGGUCGGACCUGUUCCUCUUGAAUGCCAUUCAAUGGUGCCUGCCCUUGGAUGUGGUGAAUUGCCAUUUAUUUUCGGUAACGGAACAUUGUAAUAAUCAUGAGGCCUCCAAUGGCGCGGGAGGAGGGAAUAAUAACUGCAUGACCAAGGAAGAGAUUGCCUCCGAUGUCCGUACCCUGUAUGAGAUUUUCUGUAAAUUCAAAGCUGUCGUUGUGGACCCGGCUGAAUUUGCAUGCCUUAAGGCUAUUGUAUUAUUUCGCCCCGAAACCAGGGGCCUUAAGGAACCGGCACAAAUUGAAAAUCUUCAGGAUCAAGCUCAUGUCAUGUUAGCCCAGCACACAAAAUCUCAAUUCACCGCCCAAGUGGCACGCUUUGGCCGCCUCCUGUUGAUGCUGCCCCUUUUGAGAGCCAUCAAUUCGCAUAAAAUUGAACUUAUAUAUUUUCAACGGACCAUCGGUAAUACGCCCAUGGAAAAGGUCCUUUGCGAUAUGUAUAAAAAUUAAAUGCAAGUCGUUUUUAAAAUAUAAAACCAA